AUGGAGUCUUCCACAGGUGCUAAUGAGGGCGCUGGUGAGGAAGAGCGAAAUGUGCGCCGGCGACUCUCUAGUCCCACACGUGAAGUCGAAGAAAAAAAGAAGCAAAAGGAGCAUUCUGUGGAGCCGUCGUCAACGCGGGAACCUGUGCCUUCUUCUUCCCCCUUUGAAAAGAAGGCAGUGAGUGGUCUUUUCUAUAUCGUCACGGAGGAAGGUGCAUGGCGUAAGACGGUGUGCCAUGCGAACUCGUCGCAAUUUGCCGAGGCGGAACGGUGCUGGGAGGAACAUCGCACCACAGGAAAAAUGCAUCACGAGCCCCCGUGGCGAGUUUGCUCCGUGGCUGAGGACAACCGCGAGCAUCCGUACUACGUGCGGUGGCUAGACACCAUGGAACUUCCCCCGCUGGAGGAAUUACUAAACAAGAAGAGUGGCAGCGACGGUGCCACUGAGAAAUGCGGCGGCGAUGGCGUGGGGAAAUGA